UAAAUGUGAAAGCGGAAGUUUGUCACUGCUUUCAGAAAUUAAUGCACUGAACCGUGGCUUCAUUCCGUCGAUAAACAACGAGAACCGACGUGGAAUUUGUUUCCGAUAAGUUAUAAUAUGUUUUUUUUAAUGUAGAAAAGCUUAUAGUUGGGAAAAAAACAGUACUACGUUGUAUAGAUAUGUGUUAGCUGUAAUGGUUUAGUCCAACUUUACCGUAUUCUGUGAAAUAAUAUGCUAACAUUUAUAGCGAGGGAACUGUAACGAGAAACUAAUGUCGGUCAAAACAAAUAAAGGCAAAGACAGCACCGAAGUGGUUAGAAACUACCACAAGCAGGCGUUUGAGUAUAUAUCCAAGGCACUGAGAAUCGACGAAGAUGACACAGGGGAGAAGGAGGAUGCGCUGCAGUGGUACAAGAGAGGGAUUGUUGAACUCGAAAGCGGCAUCGCAGUGAAGAUCACGGGACAAGGAGAGCAGUAUGAGAGAGACAAGAGACUUCAGGAUAAAAUGAUCACCAAUCUCACCAUGGCGAAAGAUAGGCUUGCUCUUUUAGAAGCCACACUGGCUUCCAAAGACAGGCCCCAAACCCGGAACGCUUCAAAUAAUACUGUGCACCCAGCAAAACCUCCUCCUAAAAGUCAGCCUGCCGUUCGAGGGGUGUCUAAAAACAUCAGGCCCUCCACAGCAGGCAAACCACCUUGCAGAACUCCUGAUUUAAAGGUAACCCCACGAGCAGGGAGAGCUCAAAAACCGCCUCAGAAAAGGGAUCUAAAAAAUUUCAAGAAUGUGGACAGCAAACUGGCUAACAUGAUCCUGAAUGAAAUAGUUGACACUGGUGUGUCUGUUACAUUCAAUGAUAUUGCGGGCCAGGAUCUGGCCAAGCAAGCACUUCAGGAGAUUGUCAUCCUUCCUGCCUUAAGACCGGAGCUCUUCACUGGUUUGAGAGCUCCAGCCCGAGGCUUGCUUUUAUUUGGUCCACCUGGAAAUGGGAAAACCAUGCUGGCCAAAGCAGUAGCAGCAGAGUCCAACGCCACUUUUUUCAACAUCAGUGCCGCCAGUUUGACAUCUAAAUAUGUUGGAGAGAGUGAGAAGCUUGUCCGAGCUUUAUUUGCAGCUGCCAGAGAAUUACAGCCCUCUGUCAUCUUUAUUGAUGAAGUUGACAGCUUGCUCUGUGAAAGGCGGGAAGGAGAGCAGGAGUUUUCACGUCGUUUAAAAACAGAGUUCCUCAUUGAGUUUGAUGGGGUGCAGUCUGGAGGAGAUGACAAGGUGCUUGUCAUGGGAGCCACCAACAGACCUCAGGAGCUUGAUGAAGCGGUACUAAGGCGCUUCGCCAAAAGGGUCUACGUGGCAUUGCCUGAUGAGAAGACACGGGCCACACUUAUGGAACACCUUUUAGCAAAGCAUGGGAGUCCACUUAGCAAAAACGAGUUGAGCUGGCUUGCAAAAGCAACGGCAGGAUAUUCAGGAAGUGAUCUGACAUCAUUAGCUAAAGAUGCCGCACUUGGACCAAUUAGAGAAUUGGGACCUGACCAAGUCCGGCACAUGGCUGCUAAUCAGAUGCGAAACAUCAAGAUGAAAGACUUUGAGGAUUCCCUAAAGCGCAUCAAGCCCAGCGUUAGCCCAACGACUCUCAAUAUGUACAACCAGUGGAACAAGGACUUUGGUGACACGACUGCUUUUUGAAUGUAAUUCAGCUGUAUAGCAAAAAAUAAAUCAAAUAACGUUGACCCUCCUGCAGGGGUGCACGGCAUUCUAGAUCUUUUAACAAACCUGUUUAGGUUUCCUAUAUAGAUGUUUGACUUGGAAUUACUAUGUUUGGAUUUCCUGAUUUAUGGGAAAGACAACUUUUUUUUCAUUCAGAGUUUCAUUAUAUUUGAUUGAAACACUUUGCAGCACUUUUCUUAAAUAUAUAGUCUCAAGAAAUGGUCUGCAUUUAAGUGUUUUUUCUUGCCACAAGAGGGCAGCACACAGCUUUAAAGCCUUGAGUUUGCCCCAAAUGACAGUAACUUGCAUAUGUUUUCACUUCACCAAGCUCAGUGGCACAUUCAGGUGAUGGAAAAUGUAGGAAAAACGGGUGUGGAAGUAGAAUGAACUUGUAAACCCAAUGACACUUUGCUUUGUUUAACACUUUUUUAUAUUUCACUGUAAAAUGAUGAUUUUUAAUGAUUGCAUUUGUAUGAAUCUGUGUUAAAGUAUUGCAGAAACAAGACUACCGCAUAUGUUUUUGUAUCUGCAUCUGGAAUCAACAGAUUUUUACAAACGCAGAUAUAUCGAAUGCUGUGGAAAGUCUUGAAAUAAAUAGCCUCUUCUCCAAUGUUGACAUUACAAUGAAGGAUGAAGUGUCAAGAGUGUGUCACGUGUGUGUUCAUGCACCUACGUGUAUGUGUGAGUAUUUUGUACAUGAGAUCAGACCAAGUUAUGCACUUCCCUGAUGGAGACCCCAUGACCAGCCAAAAGCUAAUCUCCGGGCUGGUGAGAUGAAGUCUUGGUCUGAAUGGUUGUCUAUACUGUAUGGGCAUUUUAUGGCGUACCCCAUCUUUUUCCCAGCUUUGCCUGGGAUAGGCUCCAGCUCACCCAUUAACCCAAACAGGAUAACCGGUAUACAAAAUAGAUGAAUUGAGUUGACAU